AUGGAUCGCAUGGGAAAUUCUAGUGUUUCACCAGCAGAGAAUGGUUUUAGUGACUGGUUCUCGCAAUUAAGCUCAGAAAAUGCCGUUGAGGAACUUAUUCAACAGCCUCUUGUUCAGGGAAUUGAUGAUCAUCUCAUUGAGUUCUCUGAGGCUUUGAGAACUGUUGCAAAGGCAUUGCGUAGAGUUACUGAAGGAAAGGCUUUUGCUCAAGCUGAGGCUGCCGAAUGGAAGCGUAAAUAUGAAUUGGAGAGGGCACGUAAUAUGCAUUUGGAGAACCAAGUGCUGUCAUCUGGAGGGCAUUGCAGUGAGUUAAAUGAUGAGAGAGCAGAAAAUUUGGUAGACCAAACUGUGUUGUCCAAUGAAACUGGUGAACAAUGUGAGUUGUGUAGUGGAAAAGAUGAUAUUUGUGCUCACGAGGUUCUUCAAGCUGGUGAACCUGAUUCUGCCUCAAGUGGAGUCCAGAAUAGAAUGAUGAGGAAGGCAUCAUUUAAACUAUCAUGGUGUUGCAACGGUGAAAAAAGUGAUCGACACAAACAUGACAUUGUCUCUUUUGAAAAGGGUAAUAUAACAACUGCAGAACGUAGCAGUAAACAGAUUUCUUUGAAGUGGGAAUCUCCUCCGUGCACUGUGCUUAUAUUGACCAAGCCCAAUUCAACUUCUGUACGAAUUCUGUGUUUCGAAAUGGUCAGAUGGUUAAAAGAGCAGAAAAAGUUGAAUAUCUUUGUGGAGCCAAGAGUUAAAACUGAACUUUUGACAGAGUCAUCGUACUACAACUUUGUACAAACCUGGCAAGAUGAGAAGGAAAUGCUGCUUCUGCAUACGAAAGUUGACCUUGUCGUGACUCUGGGUGGAGACGGAACCGUUCUUUGGGCUGCAUCAAGGUUCAAAGGGCCAGUUCCUCCCGUCGUCCCAUUCUCUUUAGGUUCUCUUGGCUUCAUGACCCCAUUCCACAGUGAGCAUUACCGCGAGUAUCUUAAUUGUAUCCUUCGCGGUCCCAUUAGUAUUACGUUAAGACAUCGAUUGCAGUGCCAUAUCAUUCGGGAUUCAGCUAAAAGUGAAUACGAGAGUGAAGGACCAAUGCUUGUCCUGAACGAAGUUACAAUUGACCGUGGAAUUUCAUCGUUCCUCACAAAUCUGGAAUGCUAUUGUGACAACUCUUUUGUCACUUGUGUACAAGGAGACGGUUUAAUAUUAUCAACGCCGUCUGGGAGCACGGCAUAUUCCCUGGCAGCUGGAGGAUCAAUGGUUCAUCCUCAGGUUCCCGGCAUCCUGUUUACACCAAUCUGCCCACACUCUCUAUCCUUUCGGCCUCUGAUAUUGCCCGAGCACGUGACAGUUCGAGUAGUUGUUCCCUUCAAUAGCAGAAGUCAUGCUUGGGUGUCGUUUGAUGGCAAGGACCGGAAACAAUUGGGACCGGGCGACGCACUUGUGUGCAGCAUGGCACCUUGGCCCGUUCCAACCGCGUGUCAAGUUGAUUCGACCAAUGACUUCCUACGCAGCAUCCACGACGGUCUUCAUUGGAAUUUGAGAAAGAGUCAGUCGUUUGAUGGCCCUCGCGAUCCAUGA